CCUCUGUGGAGCAGUGGAGCAUAUGGGAUCUUAUAAGGAACACUUGCCGGUGGGAUCUUGUGUUGUAACGUCUGGUGUUAUUAGUGUCUUUCAGUGUUAGAAGUGAGAAAUAAAGUGAGGUAAAAUUAACAUUAAAUAAUGUCCAGGAACGAGGAUACACCGAUUGCCAAACGCGACUCGGGACGGACGCGGCGGAGCAACUAUGGCACGGCUCCUUCCUUUCACCUGAUGGAGCAGGGACAACCAGGUGGGAACGGAGUCGCUGGCAUUGGCAACAACAAUCACCCGGCAACGCCUUCGACACCUGCACAAAUUUUUUGUUUACACGGGCGGUCCAACAACGUGGAAGUUCGGGAUCAUUGCCAUCGAGCCCGCAGCGAGGGCGUGGACGUGAAGGCGCGACGAAAACUGAUCAUUGCGAGCAUUUUGUGCUUGGUUUUCAUGAUUGCGGAAAUCGUGGGUGGCGUCCUAUCGAACAGUCUGGCCAUUGCAACAGACGCCGCUCAUUUGCUAACCGAUUUCGCCAGUUUUAUGAUCUCGUUGUUUGCCAUCUGGAUUGCUGGACGCCCAUCUACGCAGCGGAUGUCCUUCGGCUGGUAUCGGGCCGAGGUUAUUGGCGCCAUGGCAUCCGUCUUCAUGAUCUGGGUCAUCACGGGCAUCCUCGUCUGGCUGGCCAUCGGACGACUCAUCAGCGGCGACUACGAGGUGAAUGCGAAGAUCAUGCUGAUCACCUCCGGGCUGGCCAUUUUGGUGAAUGUCAUCAUGGGCGUUCAACUGCAGCAUGGCCAUUCCCAUGGCCUGGGCGGUGGGCAUGGUCACAGCCAUGGCGGCUCCAAGAAACCAAAGAAGAAGAGCCCCGCAGCAACUGCCAUCCCGUCCCAUGUGCAGGCCACAUCCACACCCUGUUCCGAUUCACCCAGCCAACGCAUUGAGGGCGGUGUGGCCUUCGCGCCGGAGGAUGCCGAAUUGCCUGGCGGCGGGCUGCCGACGUUCUCCUACCAAAACACCAAGUUGGUCGAUCCCACACUGGAUUUGGAAAUUGCAGCCGUUCUGGCCGAAACGGCACCCGGAGCACAUCACCACGGCGGACCGGUUGGACGCGAGGCCGUCAACAUGAAUGUCCGGGCAGCCCUCAUCCAUGUGAUUGGCGACGUCAUCCAGAGCGUCGGAGUGUUUGUCGCCGCCGGCGUGAUUUACUUCUGGCCCGAGUACUCCAUCGUUGAUCCCAUUUGCACUUUUGUGUUCUCCAUCAUUGUGCUCUUCACCACGUUCACGAUCAUGAAGGAUGCGCUGCUGGUGCUCAUGGAGGGGACACCCAACUAUAUGCACUAUGCCGAGGUGCUGCAGAUUUUCCAAGGCAUCGAGGGCGUUGAGCGGGUGCACAAUUUGCGCAUCUGGGCGCUGAGCAUUAAUAAAGUGGCGCUAUCUGCACAUUUGGCCAUUGCUGAAAAUGCCAAUCCGAAGAAGAUCCUGGACGCUGCCACGUCGGCGGUGCACUUGCGCUACAACUUCUUUGAGACCACCAUCCAGAUCGAGGACUAUACCGCCCAAAUGGAGAGCUGCCAGCAGUGCAAUGUGCCCGAGCAGUAGUUCUUGCCAGUUUUUGUACCACAAACAACCAAAUUUGAUAAUAUAAUUCGAUGUGUAUUCAAUAUUUAUUCUGCUGUACGCGCGAUAAGAGUGACACCCUGUCUAUCCAUAUAUUCAGCAAACAAACCCUGAUUUCGGCUAGGUCCGGAAAACAAAUCAACUACAAAAUACAAUAUGAUAAAACUCG